GACAGUUAAAAACCAUGAAAUGAGCUGGUGUAUGACUUAUAAAUCUCACAGUAGGCUUAAAUAACUUCAUUGGUAUCCAACAAACUCGCCACAUCUUUGGGAUGAUAUCGAGCGAACCCUUGCUGUUUUACCAGAUUAGCAGGGAUGAGUAUGUGCGUCUGCUUACUGACGACUGGACAUCCCGUACUCCCGGGCGGGGAAUUGACAGAAACAAUGAGGAAACUUUCUAACGAGAAAAAAACAACGCCGUGGCUUUUUGUUAUAUGGAAAAUCUGCAAUAUUUUAAUGUCGUUGUUUUUCGUUCUUGCUUCAUACGUGCAGAUCAACGAUCCAGACGCAGGAUUAUGGAUUGUGGGUUAUGGUGUACCUGCUGUCCUGUGUGCAUUCAUUGGCUUAAAACCUCAUGUGACAGAGACUUUACCCUGGAGGCGUAUCGCUGAUCUCCAUGUCAUGAUUUCCACUGCAGUUAUAUCCAUGUUGGGAUGGAAACUUUACACAGAGAGAGUCACAGACAUCUUCCAGCAGGAAGAGGGCAGAGAGUUUUCUGGUCUCAUGUUGACAGCUGUUUGGCUUCUGUUGUGUCGCCACUCUGGAAGAGCUCCUGUCGGGGUGCUACGAGUUUUCACGGCUGCUGCCAUCACAGUUUUCCCCUUUGUCGCCUGGCUUUACUACUACAUCAAUAAGGAGCUAAGAGAAAACUGGCCUUCACAUUGUAAAACUGCAAUUUAAAAAUCAGUUUCUUUCAUCUUGUGCCUCUUUUUUUUUAUUUUUUUUUUUUACUAAAAUUAAAAAUGCUACUUUUGUAAUACCAUGUAGAAAUACAUAAGAUCAUAAAAGUGUUCAUCCAAUGAUCAUUUGUCAGUAUUAAAAUGACUCUGAACCUCCAAUCUUUUGCUAAAUGAAGUACAAAAUGUAAAUAUUGUGAAAUAUAAUAAACAAUCUGAAUCAUAAAAA